UUCAAUUUGUUCAGGUGUAAAAAUGGCGUCAGCAUCAGCAGACAGACACAGUCCACUACAUGAUCGUCCUAACAUGAGUGAUCUGAGUGAUGUUCUGCUGGGAAAGAAUCAGGAAUCUGAUCUUAGUGAGAACACAAACACAGAAAGUGAUGGAGGAGCAGCAGCAGACAGAAAUAGUCCACUACAUGAUCGUCCUAACAUGAGUGAUCUGAGUGAUGUUCUGCUGGGAAAGAAUCAGGAAUCUGAUCUUAGUGAGAACAUAAACACAGAAAGUGAUGGAGGAGAGACAUCGAUGGAGACACAGAUGGAAAAACUGUGGAACUCAUUAGAGAUGUGGCUUCAGUCACAAGAUUCAAGAGAAAGUGAAGAUGAACUGAGGAUUGUGCUGCUGGGCAAACCUGGAGUUGGGAAGAGUUCAACUGGAAACACAAUCUUAGGAAGAGAAGUUUUCAUAUCAGACUUUUCUGAAGAAUCUGUUACUAAAGAGUGUCGAAGAGAAACAUCUGAAAUCAACAGCAGACACAUUACUGUGAUCGACACUCCGGGACUGUUUGAUACUGAUCUCAGUAAUGAAGAAACCCAGAGAGAAAUCAGCAACUGUAUCUCUAUGAUCCUGCCUGGACCACAUGUGUUUCUCUUACUGAUCCCAUUGGGACGAUUCACUCAAGAAGAAGCAACAUCAGUAAAGAUCAUUCAAGAGAUGUUUGGUGAAAACUCAUUAAAGUACACCAUAGUGCUCUUCACCAGAGGAGAUGAUCUGCAGAACAAAACCAUUGAAGAGUAUCUGAUAGAACCUGAAUCUGGCCUUAAAAACCUGAUCGAUGAGUGUGGAAACAGAUUCCAUGUGUUCAAUAAUAAAGAGACUAGAGACCGAACACAGGUGACUGAUCUACUGCAGAAGAUAGACAACAUGGUGAAAGAGAACGGAGAGAGUUACUACUCAUGUAAGAUGUUCAGAGAGAUGGAUAGAGAAAUACAGAAGAAUAUACUGAUGGAGAGAGUCAGGGAAAGAGAAGAAGAGAUGAAGAUGAUCAUGGAGAAAGAAAGAGAGAAACUAGACAGAAAGAUACAAGAGAUGGAGAGCGAAAAAGAGGAAUGGGAGAAACAGAGACAACAGGAAAUCAAGAAAACACGUGAUGAAUAUGAGCAGAAACUUAAACAAGAGAGAGAGAGAAGUGAGAGAGAGAAAGAAGAACUUCAGUUCAAACAUGAAGAAGAGAAAGAGAGGAUGAAGAUGGAGAUGGAGAAAGAAAGACAGAAUUAUGAGAAAGAGAAAAAGAGAAUAGAAGAAGAGUUUAGAGAGAGAGAAGAACAAUAUAAAAGAGAGAUUAAAGAAGGAAAGGAACAAGAGAGAAAGAUACGUGAGGAGAUGAAGAGACAAAAAGUGGAAUGGGAGAAACUGAAACAACAGGAACCACAAAGAAGAGAAGAAGAGGAGAAAGAAAGAGAUGAAGGCUGUCAGUAUGUGACUGGAAUUGUG